AUGGAUAGUGAGGAGAGUUUUGUGAUUUUGGUGCACCACAGAGAAUCUGUUAAUAGAAAAACUCGUUCCGGAGUAAAGUUCACAGAUAAGAAUCCUCUAUGUAUUAUCGUAACUUCUACGACGAGUUAUGAUGACCUUGUUAGCGCUGUACUGAUGAAGCUCGGUCUGGAAGGUGCGAAGCGGUUUCCGGAGGUGAGGACACCAGAGUUGUUGGCACGGCUGGUUGAUGUGGUAUCCACUCUGGCGGUUCGAACCGUAUACAACACUAUAGCGAAUCCAGAGGGGGUUUUAGGGCACGCUGUUGGAUUCGGAGCUAGAGAUGCGGAAGGGACUGCUGGUCUGACAGAGUUCCAGGUUGGUCAGCAAUUCCAGGAUAAAGAUGAGGCCCUUUUAAGUGUGAAGACUUACAGCAUCCGACGAGGGGUACAGUACAAGGUGGUGGAGUCCGAUCACCGCCGGUAUGUGGGCAAGUGUUCCGAGUUUGGGAAUGGGUGCACAUGGUUGAUUCGACUGAGUCUCCGGAAGCGCAAGGGCAUUUGGGAGGUCAAACGGUACAAUGGACCUCACACUUGCCUGGCCACAUCCAUCUCGAGUGACCACAGGAGUUUGGAUUAUCAUGUCAUUUCGGCGUUCAUUAUGCCAAUGGUUAGGGCUGAUGCAUCCGUGAGCAUAAAGGUGCUCCUGAACGCUACGGCAGCGCACUUUGGUUUUAGGCCGACUUACCGGAGGGUUUGGAUGGCGAAGCAGAAAUCUAUUGCCCUCAUCUACGGUGACUGGGAUGAGUCCUACAACGACCUGCCUAGGUGGGUGUUGGGUGUCCAGCUGACGAUGCCUGGGAGUGUUGCGGUCCUGAAGACAAGCCCGGUUCGAGUUGGAGGACAGGUGGACAAAUCUCAAGCGUACUUCCACAGACUUUUCUGGACUUUUCCGCCGUGCAUCGAGGCAUUCCGUCAUUGCAAGCCGCUAAUCAGCAUUGAUGGGACACAUCUGUAUGGGAAGUAUGGGGGAACAUUGCUCAUCGCGAUUGCACAGGACGGGAACUCCAACAUUCUACCUGUCGCAUUCGCACUAGUAGAGGGUGAGAAUGCGGAGUCCUGGACGUUCUUUCUCUCGCACCUUCGACAGCACGUGACCCCGCAGCCCGGUCUGCUGGUUAUAUCGGAUAGGCACAACGGCAUCAAGGCUGCGCUUGAGGCCCCUGACGGAGGUUGGUUACCGCUAUCUGCGUACCGUGCAUUCUGCAUACGACACGUAGCGGCUAAUUUUGCCCUUACCUUCAAGGGCAAAGACGCUAGGAGGCUCCUAGUGAACGCGGCCUAUGCGAAGACCGAGGUUGAAUUUGAUUACUGGUUUGAUAUUCUGCGAUCUGAAGAUCCGGCGAUGUGUGAGUGGGCGAAUCGGAUUGAUUACUCGUUGUGGACUCAGCAUCGUGAUGAGGGCCGGAGAUUCGGUCACAUGACGACGAACAUCUCCGAGUGUGUGAACUCUAUCCUCAAGGGGGUCAGAAAUCUCCCUGGUGAAAGCAACAUAUGGUGCUUCACGGUGACGCUGUAUGACUGGGAUAACUCCGAGUUCACUGUAGCAGAGACCACUCCGACUGGUUCUUUCUCCUUGGGUACUUACAGAGUAUCACUUGCCUCUCGGACAUGUGACUGCGGGUACUUCCAAGCUCUUCAUUUCCCGUGUCAGCACGAACUUGCAUGCUGUGCCUACUCACGGGUCACCUGGACCUCUUACGUUCACAGCGUCUAUCAGAUUAGCUCGGUGUUCAGUGUGUAUCGGAUGGGAUUCACACCUCCGAUCCCGGAGGGCUUCUAG